AUGAUUGGGCAGGAGAAUUUGGACCGUAACAUAUAUAUCAGUGAUUUUAUUCAUAAUGGGGCGUGGGUUUUCACUGAUAUUGUGCGUCAGAAUCUGUUAGCUGUUGGGGUGGACUUAACUAAUCUACCUAUUCUGAUGGGGCCGACUGUAUAUCCUGGUUUAGCGGCUAAGAACUUGAAACUCUUAAGGGAAGCGCGUGCAACGUUGGACAAGAUUCAUGAGUACUCGAUAAGACUUAAGGGUCAUAUGUUUAACUCUCAAGAGGACUUACGAGUUCGCUCUAUCUUUAGAGUUCGUCAUAGAAAGGUUAAACAAGUUGUGCCAAAGGAAUGUUUUUGGGAACCUCCGGAAAAUAAUGAGCUGAUGUUGUAUUGUGAUGGAGCAGCGCAGGGUAAUCCAGGAAGAGCGGGUGCUGGUGUGGUUGUCCAUGAUGACAAUGCUAAUGUGGUUGGAGCAAUGAGUGUUGGUUUUGGAGUGCAAACUAACUAUUUGGAUGAACUAUUUUGUGUGAUAGUUGGUUUAGAAUGGGCCACCAAGUUUGAAAUUGGUAAUAUUUGCGUUAGAACAGACUCAAUGACUGCUGUUUCAAUUUACACGCGUGACAACAAUGCAGUUCCUUGGCUUCUUCUAUCUUGA